AUGAAGUUGGUAGCUUUGCUUGGGCUCCUCGCAGCUUCAGUGGCAUCCGCCGUGGUCAUACAUCCUGAGUUCGACACGCGUGCAGAUCUUCCUUCACCCGAAUGUGUCGCAGCUAUCAAGAACAUUGGAUUAUACCACAGCACCUAUGAUGCCUCUUGCGCACAGCUGGUCUAUAACUGCCUCGCGAAUUUGAAUGGCACUAAAGACCUGUGGAGCACAACUAGUUGUGUUACUGGUGCAACCUGUCAAGGUACCAAUUCACUUGUGAGAUUGGCACAAUGUUACGAUUCCAACAUUGGUAAUGCAAGUGAUAUAUCCCAUCUGAGUUACAACAUAUUUGCAGAUAUCGUUGGUGAUUGCGCUUGGCAAGAGGGAGGGUGUCCCAUCACCUUCCAGAAUUAUAUUGACUGGUUCUAUGGAGCUCUGACGGCCAUCAACUCCACCGUCUGGCCUAGCGACGUUGAGACCGUGAGGACCAACUGGUGGAAUUACAUCCUUGACUGGACGUUGACUGGGGAUACUCUCCCAUACACCAACUUCGAUGAUUGGCUCCACUAUUCUAACACUUCGUAA